AUACUUAAAAUCACUGACAGGCUUAGAAAUCGUCCGUGUUAAACCAGCUGAGAGGAGUGGCAGGUGGCUGCAGUGGUGUGGUUAAUAGACAAGGCAGCAGAACAAUUCAGGAUGGCUGGAAGGAGACGGGGCCGAGGCAGCAACGUCCAACAACAACAGGCCCCACAGAGCCAAAGAGGAGGCCCUCGCAGGUCUGUUCAGGCUCUGCGGGAGCCGGCUGCUUUUGCCAAGUCUACAGGUUGUGAAUCAGAGACCCCCCAUGAAAAGUUGACCAUUGCCCAAGCACGGAGAGGCACACCAGCUCAUCGUCCGGUGCGAGUCUACGCUGAUGGGAUCUUUGAUCUUUUCCAUUCGGGGCAUGCUCGAGCUCUGAUGCAGGCCAAAAAUGUGUUCCCCAACACUUACCUGAUAGUAGGAGUCUGCAGUGAUGAACUCACCCACAAGUUUAAGGGCUACACGGUGAUGACUGAGGAUGAACGCUACGAAGCCCUGAGGCACUGCCGUUACGUUGAUGAGGUGGUGCGGGACGCUCCCUGGACCCUUACCGCAGAGUUCCUCAAGAAACACAAGAUUGACUUUGUGGCCCAUGAUGAUAUCCCUUACACCUCUGCUGGAUCAGAGGAUGUUUACAAACACAUAAAGGAAGCAGGAAUGUUUGUGGCAACUCAGAGGACAGAGGGCAUCUCCACAUCUGAUCUGAUCACUCGCAUCGUCCGAGACUACGAUGUCUAUGUUCGACGCAACUUGCAAAGAGGAUACACAGCCCGAGAACUAAAUGUUGGAUUCAUUAACGAGAAUAAGUACAGGAUCCAGAACCAGGUGGACAAAAUGAAAGAGACGGUCCGUACGGUGGAGGAGAAGUCCAAACACUUUGUCUACAGAGUGGAGGAGAAGAGCCAGGACCUCAUCCACAAGUGGGAAGAGAAGUCACGAGAAUUCAUUGGCAACUUCCUGGAGCUUUUUGGACCUGACGGAGCCUGGCAUGUGAUUCAGGAGCGGAGUGGCCGUAUGCUCCAGGCCCUGUCGCCCUACUCUUCACCCCGUGGCUCCCCAAGCAGCAGUCCCACCAGACGACGCUCAGUUUCUCCAGACUCCUCCCCUGCCUCUGCCUCCCCCUCUGCCUCCCCUCCCUCCUCUCCCUCCUCUCUCUCCCCUCCUUCCUCUCCAUCCUCCCCCUCUACACCGAAAAAGGGCGCACGCUCCUCUCUCAAAGCUGCCUCCUCAUACAGCAGACACGCACAAUGAGCUCCUCAUACUUGGGUCAUCUUUAUUAGUCUUAAUCUGGUACCUAAUAUGUCUAAGGAGGAAAUUAAUAAAAUGAACAAAUAGAAAGGAAGUACUUUGAUUUAUUACUGGUUUAUUCAAGUACAAGUGCAAUACAUUAUCAUGUACAUAAUGCUUCUUCACUGAAAA